UUUUCGGCUCUUUUUUUCUUUCACAUUUUUUGAAUGGAAUGGAAGAAACGAUUGAUGUCUGAGAUGUUGGACGGUGCAAUUCGACGAGUCGUUGUUAUCGGAAACGGCUUCGCCGGCGCCGAGAAUCAGAGCAUUGGAUUGGUUCGUGCUCUCGGUCUCUCCAAUCGCCUCUCCUUAUACCGCGUGACAAGGCCGCAAGGAGGAAUCAAUAGAUGGUUUAAAUGGCUUCCAGUUUCAAUUCAUAAAAAAUUAGACUCAUUUGUUAGAAAAAUUUGUGGCAAUUCACGAUUUCAAUCACUGAAUCACAACAUUGGUAUAUCUAAUGUUUUAGAAGCUGAUGCUCACAGCAUUGCGAUAAUGGCGCGUGAAACGUUCUAUAAGGAUGGUCCUUUGUUGGUUAUUGCGUCUGGACGAGACACCAUUUCUGUUGCCACUUCCAUUAAACGGUUAGCUUCGGAAAAUGUUUUUCUUGUUCAGAUACAACAUCCAAGAUUCCUCCUGAAUAGGUUUGAUCUUGUGAUUACUCCUCGCCAUGAUUACUAUCCCCUGACUCCUCAUGCCCAGCGGCAAUUACCUUGGUUUCUUCGGAGGUGGGUCACUCCAUGGGAACCUCCUGGCCGCAACGUGGUCCUUACUGUGGGAGCACUUCAUCAAGCUGAUUCGGCUGCUCUUAGGGUUGCUGCUUCUGCUUGGCAUAAUGAGUUAGCUACUCUGCCAAAGCCUUUGCUUGUGGUUAACAUCGGGGGACCUACAGGCAAUUGUCCCUAUGGCGUGGAUCUUGCAAAGAAUUUAGUGGUCAUGCUUCAGAAUGUUCUAUGGAGCUGUGGGACAAUCAGAAUAUCUUUCUCUAGAAGAACUCCUGAUAAGAUCUCCAAAGUUUUGAUCAAAGAAUUUUCCACAAAUCCUAAGGUCCAAAUAUGGGAUGGCGAAGGUCCAAAUCCACAUAUGGGACAUCUAGCAUGGGCCGAUGCCUUUGUUAUCACGGCUGAUUCAGUUAGUAUGUUGAGUGAGGCCUGUAGUACUGGGAAGCCUGUGUAUGUAAUCGGAGCAGAAUUGUGUACAUGGAAGUUUGCUGACUUCCAAAACUCUUUGCAGAAGCAAGGAGUUGCUCGGCCAUUCACUGGGAUGGAAAAUAUAACUGAAAGCUGGUUUUAUCCUCCACUGAACGACACUGCAGUAGCUGCUAGUCAAGUGAUUGCGGCACUUGCUCAACGGGGAUGGACUAUUCGUGCAUAAUGAUUCCCUAAGCCUCCCAAGAUUCCUUUGGAACUAUUAGAAUUCAUUGACUGUGACUGCAUCUGAUUGGAGAGGAAACACUGUCUUUUCAAUUUCCACUGUCUCCUGCUUAGCUUCAAAGUGCUUGCCAGCCACUGCAGCUUCCUUGUCUUGCAAAAAUCGGUAGAGAUGGUUCUGACUAAAGUAGAUUCCGCAAUUGGCAGUCUCUCCAAGAAUUUUGUUGUUGUAACCUUCCCUUUCCCUCAAUAGUUAUUGUUGCGAGCUUUAGAAUUUAGAUAGUCUACAUCACACAUCCAAAUCAUUUUUUAAAAAUCAUCUGUGGAAAAUGUAUCAUAAUGUAAAUUGAAUUGUAUUGAAUGAGAUAUUUUUUGGCCA